UCAGCGCCAGUAGCCGGGAGAGCCCGGAAUCCGGAAGCAUCUAGGCGUGGGGGGCUCCGACACGGGCUGGAUCCUCCAGCAGGAUGACUGUGGGAAUCUUUGCAGAUUGUACCUUCUGUUUGAAAGUCAAGUCCUUACCUUGGCAACAGAAGAAAAAGCUACAAACUGACAUUACGGAAAAUGGUGGAAGGUUUUCCCUUUUAUUUAAUCCUCAGUGCACACACAUAAUCUUAGACAAUACCGAUGUUCUGAGUCAGUAUCAACUGAACUCCAUCCAGAAGAACCACAUUCAUACAGUAAAUGCAGAUUUUAUAUGGGAAUCUAUCAAAGAAAAGAGACUUUUAGAUGUAAAGAAUUAUGUUCCUAGUAAGUCACUGGAUGUCACAUCACAUCUUGAUCAAAAGGCAAGUGGUUCUGACGCGAAAACAGACGAUCUAUCCCUGGACGAUGCCUCAGAAAAGGAAAACAUUGUGGAAUUCACUGAGUUUUAUACAGAAGAUGUUGAAAUUCCUCAUUUUCCUCAAGAUUUGGAAGUUGCAAAGUAUAACACCUUGGAAAAAGUGGGGGAGGACGGAGCCCAAGAAACUGUGGUGGUGGAGCUGCAGUGUUCCCAGGACCCUGGGGACUGUCCUUUUCUGAUAUCUUCACACUUUCUCCUAGCAGAUGGCAUACAGACUAGGAGACAGUUCACUGUAAAGAAAAACUCAGAGGAUGCAAGUGAAUACUAUGAAAAUUACAUCGAAGAGCUGAAGAAACAAGGAUUUCUACUAAGAGAACAUUUUACACCUGAAGCAACCCAAUUAGCAUCUGAAAAAUUGCAAGCACUGCUUUUAGAGGAGGUCAUAAAUUCAAGCUCUCUGAGCUGCGAGGUCAGUGAUUUGGUGGAGCUGAUCUGGGCGGAAGCCCUAGGCCACCUGGAGCACACACUCCUCAAGCCAGUGACCAGCAUCAGCCUCAACGAUGUGAGCAAGGCAGAGGGAAUUCUCCUUCUAGUAAAGGCAGCGCUGAAAAAUGGAGAGACAGCAGAGCAGCUGCAGAAGACAAUGGCGGAGUUCUACAGACUGAUACCUCACAAAGGUCCAACACUUGAAGAAGUUAACCUGGGACUGUUGGCUAAGAAAGAGGACCUCUGCCAGCUAAUCAGAGACAUGCUUAAUGUCUGUGAAACUAACUUGUCCAAAUCCAACCCACCGUCACUUGCCAAGUAUUGGGCUUUGAGAUGCAAAAUUGAGCAUGUUGAACAGAAUACUGAAGAAUUUUUUAGGGUUAAAAAAGAAGUUUUACAGAAUAAUCACAGUAAAAGUCAAGUGGACAUCUUGAAGAUAUUUAGAGUCGGCAGAGUGAAUGAAACAACAGAAUUUUUGAGCAACCUUGGCAACGUGAGGCCCUUGCUGCAUGGCUCUCCAGUACGAAAUAUUGUAGGAAUCUUGUCUCGAGGAUUGCUUUUACCCAAAGUAGUUGAAGAUCGUGGCGUGAAAAGAACAGAUAUUGGAAAUCUUGGGAGUGGGAUUUAUUUCAGUGAUUCACUCAGCACAAGUAUUAAGUACUCACACCCAGGAGAGACAGAUGGCACCAGACUCCUGGUCAUCUGUGAUGUGGCUCUUGGAAAGUGUAUGGACUUAUACAAGAAGGACUUUUCCUUAACUGAAGCACCCACAGGCUAUGACAGUGUGCAUGGAGUUUCAGGAACUGCCUCUGCCACUACAGACUUUGAGGAUGAUGAAUUUGUUGUCUAUAAAACCAGUCAGGUUAAAAUGAAAUAUAUUAUUAAAUUUUGCAUGGCUGGAGAUCAAAUGAAGGACUUUCAUCCUCCUGAUAAUACUGAAUUAGAGGAAUACAGUCCUGAGUUUCAUGAUUUUUCGAAGGUUGAAGAUUACCAGUUACCAGAUGCCAAGUCUUCCAGUGACCUCAAGGCCGGCCUUCAGGAUCUCUCUGGGAAUUUGGUUCCUCUUGAGGAUGUUCACAUCAAGGGGCGAAUAAUAGACUUUGUAGCCCAGAUCAUUGUUUUUCAGACGUACACAAAUCAAAGUAAUGUGCCCAUCGAGGCAAAAUACAUCUUUCCUUUGGAUGACAAGGCGGCUGUGUGUGGCUUUGAGGCCUUCAUCAAUGGGAAGCACAUAGUAGGAGUGAUUAAAGAGAAGGAAGAAGCCCAGCAAGAAUACCGAGAAGCUGUCAGCCAGGGCCAUGGCGCUUACCUCAUGGAUCAGGACGCACCGGACGUUUUUACUGUAAGUGUUGGGAACUUACCGCCUAAGGCUAAAGUCCUCAUCAAAAUCACUUAUAUCACAGAACUCAGCAUCCAAGGCACUGCUGCUGUCUUCUUCAUGCCCGCUGGAGUGGCGCCCUGGCAACAGGACAAGGCUUUGAAUGAAAACCUGCAGGAUGCAGUAAAGACAAUUUGUAUAAAGGAAAUAGGAACAAAGCAAAGCUUCUCUUUGACCAUGUCUAUUGAGAUGCCAUAUGUGAUUGAAUUCAUUUCCAGUGAUACACAUGAACUGAAACAAAAGCGCACAGACUGCAAAGCUGUAAUCAGCACCGUGGAAGGCAGCUCUUUAGACAGUGGCGGAUUUUCUCUUCACAUCGGUUUGUCUGAUGCCUAUCUCCCAAGAAUGUGGGUUGAGAAACAUCCAGAAAAAGAAAGUGAGGCUUGCAUGCUUGUCUUUCAACCCAAACUUGAUGUCAGCCUCCCUGACCUCACUGACAAGAGUGAAGUGAUUAUUUGUCUGGACUGUUCCAAUUCCAUGGAGGGUGUGACAUUCUUACAAGCCAAGCAAAUCGCCUUAUAUGCGCUAUCCUUGGUGGGAGAGAUGCAAAAAGUAAACAUCAUCCAGUUUGGCACAGGUUACAAGGAGUUAUUUUCAUAUCCUAAGUACAUCACAAGCAGUAAUGUGCCAACAGAGUUCAUUAUGUCUGCCACACCUACCAUGGGGAACACAGACUUCUGGAAAACGCUGCGAUAUCUAGGUUUAUUGUACCCUUCCCAAGGGUCACGGAACAUUCUCCUUGUAUCUGAUGGGCAUCUCCAGAAUGAGAGGCUGACGGUGCAACUUGUGAAGAGAAGCCUCCCCCACACCAGGUUGUUCACCUGCGGUGUUGGUUCUACAGCAAAUCGUCAUGUCUUAAGGACUUUGUCCCAGUGUGGUGCCGGAGUGUUUGAACAUUUUAACACAAAAUCCAAACAUAGUUGGAAAAAACAGAUAGAAGACCAGAUGAGCAGGUUGCAUUCUCCCAGUUGUCAUUCUGUCUCCGUUAAAUGGCAGCAACUUAGUGCAGAUGCACUGGAGCCGCUGCAGGCCCCAGCCCAGGUUCCAUCCUUGUUCCACGGCGACCGGCUCCUUGUCUAUGGGUUUAUUCCUCACUGUAUGCAGGCAACUCUGUGUGCACUAAUUCAAGAGAAAGAAUUUCAUACAAUGGUGUCAACUACUGAGCUUCAGAAGACAACGGGAACUAUGAUUCACAAGUUAACAGCACGUGCUCUAAUCAGAGAUUAUGAAGAUGGUAUUCUUCAUGAAGAUGAAACCAGUCAUGAGAUGAAGAAACAAAUCUUGAAAUCUGUGAUUAUUAAACUCAGUAAAGAAAACUCUCUCAUAACACAAUUCACAAGCUUUGUGGCAGUUGAGAAAAGGGAUGAUAAUGAGUCACCUUUUCCUAAUGUGCCAAAUGUGUCUGAACUUAUUGCCAAAGAAGAUGUGGACCUUCUGCCAUACAUGAGUUGGCAAGAGGAGCACCAAGAUGCUGGCGUGACAAAGCUUCUUUCAGCAUCCUCUGAAGGGGAGGAAGAAUUAUGUUUCCCCACAAUUCGAAGUCUAGCUGAAAGAAAACAUAAAAAACUGUGUAUACGCAAAGUUUCUGAAGAUUUUGAAGAAGUUAGCUUGGAUGGGCAACUAGCAGGACAAGCCUUUCAGCUCAGUUUACCGUGUGGAGUUGUGGGACAACCUUUUUCAUUUACAAGCCUUCGUGGCCAAAAAGCGCCUAUUUCCAACUCUACCUUUGGCACUGGAGCCUCUGUUCCACUUUCUCGCUUGGGUGCCCCACCUCCUAGCCUGGCUGCCCCACCUCCUGGCCUGGCUGCCCCGCCUCCUAGCCUAGAUGCCCCGCCUCCUACCCUGGCUGCCCCGCCUCCUAGCCUGGCUGCCCCGCCUCCUGGCCUGCCUCCUGGCCUGGCUGCCCCGCCUCCUAGCCUGGCUCCCCCACCUCCUAGCCUGGCUGCCCGGCCUUUUAGCCUGGCUCCCCCGCCUCCUAGCCUGGCUCCACCACCUCCUGGCCUGGCUCCCCGACCUCCUGGCCUGGCUCUCCCGUCUUCUGUCCUGGCUUCCCCACCUCCUGGCCCGGCUGCCCCAGUGCCGUUUUCUGCUUCCCUGUUCUCUCCGUUUGGUUCUCUUCCUUAUUCCAAGAAAUCUGAGCCACGUCAGUACUUGGAGACUGACAGUUGCCUUACUGCUGAUUUGGACCGUAGGGCGUUCGCUUCUCCCACGUGUUCCCAGAGCCCUUCUUUCAAGCCCUUCUCUGGUAUUGCUUUGUCUGGUGGCUUGUUUGGCUCCAAACCUCCCAAAGUCUCCCAGAGCAGUCCUUUUGUUGGUGCUUGCAUCGAACUGGACUCUUUGCAUCAGCCGCAUCGUGUUUUUUCUCUUUCUAGAGCUACUGCUCUACAGGGAGGAGGAGCCAAGGGUUUUGGGUCUUUCCAUCCUUCUGCUUCCUCUGCUAUUCAUUUUCAAGGUUCCCAGCCAGCCAGUUUACCCAAGGUCCUGCACAGUAGGCCAGGGCCUGUGCCACGAAAUAUUUCUGCCAGUCCCGGGGUUGGCUUUAGUUUUGGAAGUUGUUUUCAAACAGAGCCUAAAGUCCUAUCACCGUCAUUUCCAAGUACUGGAUACUUUGUACUAGGAGAGAUGCAACAUCAGGUUGGCAAACAAAGUUGGGGGAAUGCUGUGCCUUGGACUGAAGUUUUCGGUCUACAAACUGAGGAUGGCUUCUGGAAACUCACACCAGAGCUAGGAUGUAUAUUAAAUCUUAAUAUAGAUGCUUUACAGAGCUUUCUUGAAGAGAAAGGCAUUCAAUCUCUAGGUGUAAAAGGAAAAGAACGUCUCCUGGAGCUAAUUGCCACGUUGCUGGUACUACAGUUUCUUCGCACCAGGUUGGAACAAGAGGGAAUAGUCUUCAAAUCACUGAUGAAAUUGGAUGACACUUCUAUUUCCAGGAAUAGUCCCUGGGAUUUUGAGGCAAUAAAGAAAGCAAAUGAAUGGGUAAGAAGAACCGAGGGACAGUAUUCAUCUAUCUGUCCACGGCUUGAAUUGGGUAAAGACUGGGACUCUGCCACCAAGAAGCUGCUCGGACUUCAGCCCCUAAGCACGGCUUCUCCUCUUCACAGAGUCCUUCAUUACAGUCAAGGAUGAAUCAAAUGAAAUUAAAUUUUCAGCUUUUUUCAUGCUUCUGUGUAGAAGAUAAUGAAGUGUUAUUAAAUAUCAUGAAAUUGAAUUAUGAUUUAAUUUAGUGUAGCAAAAUAAAUAGAAGCAGAAUGGAUUGUUUUAACCAGCUAACAAACAAUAAUAAAAUGAAAAUAAAAUGUGGUA